CAAGUCAUCUUCAUCAAUCUAUGCUUUGUAUUACAGUUUUUAGUUGAGUAGCUACUUUGUUUCUGGGUACUAAUACUAUCAUCACUACCAAAAAAAAACAUGGCUCUUAAGUAUAAAUUGGGGACUGAAGUAGAAAUAAAGUCACCUCCAGAGAAGUACUACAACAUCUUUAAGGGCCAAGCAUUCCAUGUUCCCAACGCCGUUCCUGACCAUAUACAAGGAGUUGACGUUCAUGAAGGUGAUUGGGAGACACAUGGCUCUGUCAAGAUCUGGAAAUAUACAAUGGAGGGAAAAUCCGACCUAGUUUUCAAAGAGAAGGUUGAAUAUGAUGACGAAAAUAGGUCAGCAACCCUUAUUGCUAUUGAUGGAGAUGUGAUGCAGGAAUACAAGUCCUUUAAGGGCACCUAUCAGGUUGUUCCCAAGGGUACUGGCAGCUUGGCCAAAUUGACUAUCGAAUAUGAGAAACUCAGUGACGAUGUGCCCGCUCCAGAUAAGUAUAUCACUCUGAUGGUUAAUGUCACCAAAGGUAUUGAUGAGCUCAUUGCUAAGGCAAAAUAGGAAGGAUGUAUCUUCUAGUGCUUGUAUAAUAUAAGCAUGUGUGUAACCAUGUUUUGGUUUCAGAUCUCAUCUCUUUAAUGAAGUACCUAUGGUGUGUACUAAAAUAAUGAUGGUUGGUUGUCAAUGACCUGUAGGACAAUUGGCAUGUCUAUUGUCUAACCUCCUGUGUGAGGCAUGCCAAGGCUAUUAAAUAAAGUUAUGGUUUGUGUUUGUAUUAAAUUGGAAUAUGGAAAUUCAGCACGAAUUUUCUUC